CUUAGAUUAUUUCCAAUAUAUGAACAUAACCAAAUAUCAGAUGACACAUUUAUUCCCUUUCCCCAAUGAAACGAGAACAAUGGAUGAGGUAUUGGAGAAGUUUCUUGAAGAUCAGAAGACGAAGAUAGCAGAAGAGAAGGCCUGUCUGGAACAGGAGCCCCCUUACAUGGAGAUGAGGAGGCGGACAGGCCGUGUUCUCCAGAAAGAGAACAUCCCUCCAUGCACAAGUCAGCAAGAUGGAUUGAGUCUGCCGCUCGGAGAUGAAUAUGAGAGAAAGAAACACAAACUGCAAGAAGAGCUCAGGAAAGAUUACAGGAAAUACAUGGAAGAGAAAGAUCACUGGGAUGCUGGUGACAUUCACACAGUUCCAGAGAGAAGAAGAAUACCCAAGACGGUCCGUGUGCGGAAUGUGGCCACUCUUACAGAGGUGUGUGGUCUGGGAUGGGGUGUGUGUAGCUCUGAGGAAGACUGCAGUGAUGAAGAACUCAUACUUUUACAAGGGAGACGACAUCAGAAAGAGAGAGACACCAGGACAGCAAACAGAAGAGAAGAAUUGUACACUGAGACAGGGCAUCACACGAGCAAACUACAGCAUAGAAACAGAAUGUCGGCAUCCGUUGCGACCCAAGCCAAUGAAAGAUCUGUAUCUGGGGCCAGUCAGGACACAGUUUACACCACUGGAAUCCUAAUAGGUGCAACAGAUCUGGAGGCCGUCCUGAAGAGGAGAAAGGAGCAUUAUAGACGUGAACUACAAGAACAAAUUGCAGAGAAACAGAGUCACAGGAGGGAAAAAGAACUGGACCUGAGAGUUGUGAGAGUAACAGAUGCUGAGAAAAAGCAGCUCUUUGUGAGUGAGGCAUCCACAUACAGAAAGCAACCUAGGGAUGACAUCUUCCGUCUGGACACUGCCGAUCCUCCUGAGGGUCUUCUGCAAUACAGGACAGACCCUCUGUCUCCAUGCAGGAUGCCUUUUAUCCCCACUCACGUCCCAUUCCUUGCAGAUGCCUAUAAGACUCCAAAUAAUGAUUCUGAGAGUUUGCUGAGCCCCAGCAGAGCCUAUGGCCCAAUAGCGGGAGUUUCUUUUCCAACAUCAUCAGGAGAGCCACACCCACUCAGUCCUCACAACGAGCACAGCAGAAGCACUCACAGACAGAUGUUUCUGGGUGAGAAUGAAGGUGUGGGUUCAGGUCUUUCAGUGUUUCCUGGACAUCAAGCGCAGAAGAACAGACUCAGCUAUAAAGAGGAGCUCAGACAGCAGAUAGAGGAGCGGGCCGCACAGAGGAGGGUGGACCGAGAGGAGAAGAGAAGACUGGAUGCAGAACUUGAUGCUGAUAUGAGAGCAUAUGAACCCUGGGGAAGGGGCGGAGCUGGUGCACCACUCAAAGACAGCACUGGAAAUCUAAUCACUGAUCUAAAGCAGAUGCACCUUUUGAAUGCAGCAGCGGCACAAAUACCGGAGAGGCCAGGUUUUGUUGAGACACACACUCCACAGUUUGCAAGAGGAAAUGUGUUCAAUCAGAUGCUGUCACCCCAGCAACUACAGGAGCAAGACCAGUACAAAGCAUAUCUGAAACAUCAGAUGGAAGAGAAGCGAAGGAUGCAAGCGGAGGAGAGAGAGCGAAUGAGGGCAGAGGAGGAGAGGGAGGACAGACGACUGACAGAACAGAGAGAGAAAAUCAGGAGAGAGUAUGAAGAGGAGCAGGAGAGCAGGAAACGCAGAGAGAUGGAGCAAAAACUGAAGAAUGAAGAACUUGCUCGUCUGGCAGAGGAGAGACGGAGGGAUGCAGAGAAAAAGAAAAAAGAAGAAGAAAUAGAGAGAGCAGCUUUCCGAAAACAGGAACAACAAAACAGACAAAUACGGCUGCAACAGGUUCAACGUGCGCCAUCCCCUCCUAUCCCUACCUUACAGAAUAAACACUGCAACCCUUCAAACGCUACAGAUUUCUCUCCGUUUCGGGCUCCUACAUCUCCAGAACACAGAAACCAUCAGAGAACAGAGAAAGACAGAAAUGAGGUUGUUAAUGAGCUGAGUGUGUUAAGAAGACGUCUACGCAGUGAACAACAGCGUCUGGAGGAGCAGCUCUUGCAGACAGAGUGGGAUCCUCUCCCCUCCCCCUUCACUGACAGGCCCAGGGUUGAUGUGUUUGACAUGGCACGCAUGCGUAUGCCUGUUCGAGGCCCCUCCUCCCGUGGCACUGAGCCAAUCAGCUCAAAGAAAUCCUAUGACAUCAUGUACAGAGAUGACUUUAUGCCGCUUCCUAGAACACAGCAGUCUAGGAACAGAGCAGUUGAGGGGGGACGAGGAUCUGUGCUUCUGUCAGAGAGUGAAUUUAUCGAUCAGAAUGGAGUUGCUUUCCCGCUUCCUCCAGAUGUUGAGAGGAAAUCGAAGCCAUCAGCACGAGAACGACGCAGACUAGCAAACCUUCAGGCUGCAGGAAAGCAGCCGGUGCAGCAGUCUCUCAGUAUGAGGAAACUCAGAGACACAAACACUCUCAGGAUGAAGAGACUACAAGCCUUCGGUCAUCACAACACCACAGCAGGAGGCUGCUCUGAUGAUGAUGAGGAUGAUGAUGAAGAUGAAGCUGGUCGUCGUGAUGAACGUUUUACCCUGACGUCUCCUGGCUGGCCCAGUUCCAUUGAUACAGCUACUACAGAGCCCUGGAUUCGAGCGGAGUCGUCAGACACGCUUAGGAGGCUGAUGUCUGGCUCUGAACUCUAAGACGGAUGUAGGACGGACUAUAACAUACACGACUGC